GCGCCGCGCCGCGACAUUGGUUUCCGUUUGAUUACUCCAGUCCUUGUGGUGGUCUAAACGCCUGCCUGGCCGCAAUCCCUCCCUCUCCCCCACUUUCUUCUUCUCCGUCGUCCUCUCCUCUUAUAAGAAGCAGCCAGCCGCCUUGCUUGUUGCUUGGCCCUCCUCCACCUCCUCGUUCCGCCCCCGCCCCAUCACCGCCGCGCCGCCUAUACAACAGGGAGAGGUCGAGAGGAGGAUCGAUCGGUCCAGACACCCAGCUCGCCGUCGUCGACCAGAACCAGCCAGCCACCGCCAGGAUGAAGGGCGGCGACGUCAGCAGCAUUAGCCCGCUCGUCUCCUUCGUCCUCGGCGCCGCCAUGGCCACCGUAUGCGUCCUCUUCUUCAUGUCCGCCAGCCCCACACGCCGCCUCGCAGACAUCUCCGCCUUCACCUCCGGAAACGCCACCAACGACGACCUACGCCUCGCCUCCUCCGACAACGGCGUGGCCGACGGCAACGCCGAGGUCACCGCAACCCCCGCGCCGGCGCCGGCUCCGGUGCAGGCGCCGUCUCCUUGGGGCGACCUUGAGGAGGUGCUGCGGCGUGCCGCGACCAAGGAUCGGACGGUGAUCAUGACGCAGAUCAACGCGGCGUGGACGCGCCCGGGCUCCCUGCUGGACCUCUUCUUCGAGAGCUUCCGCACCGGGGAGGGCGGCGUGGCGCGGCUGCUGGAGCACCUGGUGAUCGUGACCAUGGACCCGGCCGCGUACCAGGGCUGCCAGGCCGUGCACCGCCACUGCUACUUCCUCCGCACCUCCAGCGGCGUCGACUACCGCUCCGAGAAGAUGUUCAUGAGCAAGGACUACCUCGAGAUGAUGUGGGGACGCAACCGAUUCCAGCAGACAGUCCUCGAGCUCGGAUACAACUUCCUAUUCACGGACGUUGACGUGAUGUGGUUCCGGGACCCGUUCCGGCACAUCUCCAUGGCGGCGGACAUCGCCAUCUCGAGCGACGUGUACAUGGGCGACCCCUACAGCCUGCGCAACUUCCCCAACGGCGGCUUCCUCUUCGUGCGGUCGUCGGCCAAGACCAUCGACUUCUACCGCGCGUGGCAGCAGGGGCGGUGGCGCUUCUUUGGGAAGCACGAGCAGGACGUGUUCAACCUCAUCAAGCACGACAUGGCCGCCAAGCUCGACCUCGCCAUCCAGUUCCUCGACACCACCUACAUCAGCGGCUUCUGCCAGCUCAGCAAGGACCUCAACAAGAUCUGCACGCUCCACGCCAACUGCUGCGUCGGCCUCGGCGCCAAGCUCCACGACCUCCGGGGGGUCCUCGACGUCUGGAGGAACUACACCGCCGGCACGCCCCAGGACCGACGCGCCGGAAAGUUCCAGUGGAAGCUCCCGGGAAUCUGCAUCCACUGAUCGAUCGUCCUUUGCUAGCUAGCAGAGCUAUACUAUAUAGCUAGGUCCGAUGGUGAUCCAUCGUAUUCGUUUUCGAUGGUCGAGAUCGGCCGCGCCGGCUGCCUGCCAGGCUGCUUGUUGCAUUAUUGUCCAUUCUUUCUCUGCUGCUUCUUUCUUCAAGUUUGAGGAGAUUAUUCAAGGGAGCUGGGUAGGUUUCAUUCUUUUGAUUUCUGAUGAAAGCCUAGAGGUAGAACCGGGAGACGUACGGUUGAGUUAUACUGGUGCACCCUCCACCUUAAUUAUUAUGUAUGUAUGUAUGUAUGUACACAGCACAGGCUAAUUAAUUAUAUACAAAUAUUAAUUAUUAUGUACAGUA